UUAUUUUGAUUCGGUUUGCCUUUCUAUCCACCGGAAAAGUCCAUAAUUUGAAGAUGGCCCAAUCUUCACAAAAUCCUCAAUUUCAGCAGAAGAAAGUCAUAAUACCCAACAAGUAUGGCAAUAAACUAGUAGGGAUAUUACAUGAAGCUAGAACCAAAGAGAUUGUUAUUCUAUGCCAUGGUCUUCGAGCUUCUAAGGAAGAUGUUAUCAUGACACAACUUGCUGCUGCUCUAGAGAAUGCUGGAAUCAGUUCUUUCCGCUUUGACUUCACUGGAAACGGGGAAAGUGAAGGUUCAUUUGAAUUUGGCAUCUACUGGAGGGAGGUUGAUGAUAUACAUUCUGUGGCUCAACACUUUCAUGAAACAAACCGUAGAGUUGUGGCAAUUGUCGGGCACAGUAAAGGUCUGUUGAGUUACAUUGGUUUUGCCUAUUUCUAGACACUACGUUUUCGU